AUGUCCAAACGAGCGCUCGAAGUAACCAAGGCAAGUGAUGCUGAGCUGUUACGGACAACCUCUCCAGUGCUCAAUCAUCACGGUUGCAGAAGUUCUAAACUUGUCGCCUGCAUAUCUCACGAGAACUUCGAUGUCAUCCAAGGUAUGCACACAUAUAAAGACCUCCUUCCUCGCCCCUCCUUCACCUCAUCCGCAACUUUCACACUCAAAAUGGGUCCCCACCGCUCUCCAGAUCGCUCGACCUUUGACCUACCCUCCGUUUUCACCACUCGCCGCCGAUCAAUCAUUGCAUGCACUAAUUGCCGCAAACGAAAGACUCGGUGCUUCAGUACUGAAGAUUUCCCCGAAAAUCCUUGCGAGAGAUGCGAGGAACGCGGGCUCAAGUGUCGCUACACCACCAUCAACGACCAACGCGACUUAGACGCCGCAAACUCGGCACAUAGUUCCCCUCGACAGACCCCUCCCUUGCUCCUCCUUCAAAACCCUGGCAUUCACCAACCACAAUUCGACUACUCAGUCUAUCAGGAGAAAUAUGGACCGCGAGGCUCCUACCAUCUUCCUCCGUUUCAGCACCAGGUGCCUGAGCCAGCGCUGCACUACCUCCCGUACUUUCCGCCUCCAGACAAUCAUGAUGAAUUCUCUCUUCGGUCGGAUACGGCGAGUAGCUUCAGCGAUGACUCGGAUUCUUCGUUCACUAUGAACCUACGCUUGUGGGACCGAGAUGCAGACCCUUACUCCAGUUCACGACACAGCUGGGAUAUCAACUUGAAGACUGACUUUGAGUUGAAAGAUGGCCACCAGGAAUAUAUUGACUUAAUUGCCACUGCAGGUGCCAAGCCUAGUGUUAGCCAGGUCUUGUCGAUUGUUUAG